AUGUACGACUAUUUGGACAGCAUCGAAUACAAUAUCCAUAAGAAGAGUAAACAAUACGUGAGGAUCCAACGCAAGUCAGAUGAGAGGGCCGAAGCAGGACAUAAACUGUGUAAAUAUUGUGAUUUGUCACGUGCAAACAUUGGAGAUAUCUCGGCGGUUCAGCCUUUAUCUGAGACUCCUGGUGGCACAAGAGAGGAGUGUGUUCAAUGCGACAAACAUUUGUCAUGUAAAUAUUUACAGGAGGAACCCACACUAAAGCACUUUAGAGUUUCCUCAAUCACGCAACACUGCAGUGAACGGUUGAAAACUGCUUGA